ACUUUGCCGCCAGCUUCGGCCUCAGUUUCAGUUUCAGUUUUUAGUUCGUUCGUGACCGUGUCCGCUAGCAGUUCUCGUCUAGUUUUAUAUUCAAAAUAUCCAAAAACGAGUACACAUUACUUUAUUUAUACAUAUAAUUCGUUUUUGUUGGUACAAAUUGUUGCACGUGUUGGCCAUCAACAACAUUUGCUUGUUUACAAUUAAUUCCACAAAUUUGAUUAUUUGCAACAAUGGGCUGCGCCACUGGCACCAUUAAAUACACAUUAUUUCUCUUCAAUGCAUUAUGGGCGAUACUUGGCAUAUUGGUUGUAGUGUUUGGGAUCCUUGGCUGGGGUGCCAUGCCGCAGAAGUAUGCAGUCGGGAUAAUGGUGCUGGGCGGCAUUAUACUGGUGAUAUCGAUGUUUGGCUGCUUUGGCGCCAUUCGGGAAUCGGCUCGUAUGCUCUGGACGUAUGUGACGCUGCUGCUGGUGCUGCUGGUCUUGAUAGCCGUCUUCAUCUACUUCAAUAGCCGCGAUGUGUUCAUGAAGUAUGCGGUGCAAACGGUAGAAGAUAACUGGCAAAUGGAGCUGACCAAGCCUGGCAGCAUGGAUCUGAUACAGAAGACGUACUCCUGCUGCGGUCGCUAUGGACCCGGCGAUUAUAUGGCCAUUGAUCAUAGGAAUAAUACGGUGCCCUCGAGCUGUUGCAAGGGCAACAACUGCCUGAAUCCAUUGAAUGUCUAUCCAGAAGGUUGUCUGACCAAAGUGGAGGCGGCCUUCGCUGAUGAGGCCAUCACAUCGCGAUACUGCGAAUGGGGCCUGCUGGGAUUCGAUCUGAUAAUACUCUCUCUGGCCAUCAUACUUGCCAUACACUAUACGAAUCAGAGGCGCCGCUAUAACUAUUAGCGAGUACUAUAUGUUUAGCAGUAACUAAAUCAGUCGAAUUAUAUUCGUAAUACCUCAUUUAUAAGUGUCACCAAUGUACCUACUUAAUUAUGCAACUUUUAACCGCACCGAGCGCGAUGUGUUCACUUGCCAAGCAAAUCAAUCGAAUGCCUAAAAUAUACAACUAAAGUCGAA